AUGGCGGCAUGAUGUCAUUGUACAAAACUAGGACAGAUUAUUUAAGAGUAAGAAUUUACAGGUUUUUAUUUGAAGCUAUGGGCUUGGACCAUUCUGAUGGUAGUGUUACCAUAUUUACUUUAAGAAUUUCGAAUCAUGCAGAGUUUGAACCAAUAUGGCAGUGGUGUGCAAUAGGCAUUAUUAAAGAAUAUCCUAAUGAAAUAGAGCGCAAUAAAAUUUUAAAUCCAAUAUCGACAGAUAAUAAUUCUCAAGAAAGUGAAAGUGAACAAGAUUAUAGAAAUGAAAAUAAUUCAAAUAAACGAGCUCGAUUGACAGAUCCAGACCAACUGGGCCUAAAUAUAACAUUAGAUGGUUAUUUUCAAAAACCAUUAUCAAGCAAGCAAAAGGAAAAACUUAAACAAUUACUUUUAAAAGCGACUAUUUCAUGUGGCUGGGCUUUUUCAUGGGUUGAUAACCCUGAAAUUAAAGAGCUUUUUUAUUAUUUAAAUCCUGCAAUCAAAUUACCAAAUCGCAAAACACUCUCAGGUCGAAUUCUAACUAAAACUGCUAUAACUUCUAUGAAAUUACAAAAAAAAGAUAUCCAAACAGAUAAGCUUGGUGUUACUUUAACAUAUGAUAGUUGGAAAAAUGUUAAAAAAGAGAGUUUAUUAGGAAUUGCUUUAAUUAAUUCAAAAGGAAAAACAUUAAUUUGA